AUGGAUGCGGUUAAUAAAGCAAAGCGCACUGUUUUUAGAACUCAAACAACAAAAUUAAUCAACAAAAUUGAUGCCAAAUUUAUAGAAGGUAACUUAAAUGAAGAGGAUUUAGACCAAUUUUUGGCAGAAUUAGAUUUGAAAGAAAAAGAACUUAAUUGUCUCGACACUGAAAUUCAAAAAACGAUUGAUUUGAAAGAUUUAGAAGACGAAAUUUUAAAAUGCGAUGAAUACAACUCUAACAUAGUAAUUUGGCGAUCAAAAGUAAAACGUGCCAAAACAAAAUUUGAAGUCCCUUCCAAUUUCAUUGCGCCGACAGCGACGUUAAAUGGUUCAGAAACAGAACAAAGAAUUGUGAUUCGGGAAAAUGAAACUGCUCACAUUAAUCUACCGCGACUGAUUAUCGAUAAAUUUGAUGGUGAUCCAUCAGAUUGGCAAAGAUUCUGGGACCAAUAUGAGUCUGCAAUCCAUAAGAAUACCGAUAUUUCUAAUGUAGACAAAUUCAACUAUUUACGUUCAUUUUUGAAAGGGGCAGCUUCGAAUGCAAUUAAAGGAUUUAGCUUGACCAAUAAUAAUUAUCAAUCAGCUAUCGACACCUUAAAAGACCGUUUUGGCAAGAAAACCAUAGUUAUUAACUCUCAUUUGAAUAAGUUACUUAGCCUUAAUACCGUAAAAAGAUCAAAUGAUGUUGUUUCCUUGCGUAAAUUAUUUGACACUUGUCAAACUGAAAUAAGAAAUUUGGAAUCGCUGGGAGUAACAGAAGAUAGCUAUGGAACCCUACUUUGUCCGAUUCUGAUCAGAUUACUGCCAAACGAUAUAGUAUUAGAGAUAACUAAGAAGUACACCAUAGAUGAUGAAUGA